AUGACUCCCACAGGACUUGUCGGAUUCGGGAGCUUUUUACGGAAUAACCCGCGGACGGAUAGGUUUAAGGUGGACCGGUUUCACCAUAUCGAGUUCUGGUGCGGAGAUGCUACUAACACGUACGGACGGUUUUCGUGGGGACUGGGGCUGCCGGUCGUCGCGAAGUCGGACCAGACGACGGGUAACCACACGUUCUGCAGUUUCGUGCUGAAAGCGGAGGACCUGGCGCUGGUGUUCACGGCGCCGUAUUCCGAAGCAGCAGCUAUAACGCGUGAGGAGGAGAUGGGGGAGUAUGAGGAGUUGGGGAUUCUCGUGGAUGUGGAUGCUGGGGGAGUGCUGCUUCAGAUCUUCACUGCUCCUAUCAGGGACAGGCCCACCGUGUUCAUUGCGAUUCUACAAGGGGUGGUGGGAGUGAGGAAGAAGGCCCCAAGGCCGUACCCACCCUUGGAUCAUCCCAUUCCUCCACAUGUCUCUUCCGUCCUUUCUCUCCUUCACCUUUACCUGCCCUCAGGCCCACGGCGCACGCUGUUCAUUGAGAUUUCGCCCACGGUCUUCAUUGAGAUUCUUCAGAGGGUGGGAGUGAAGAAGGGUCUUCAAGCCGUUCCCAUGCAGCAGUUUCCUCGUGGGGGGUGUGGUGGGUUCGGCACAGGAAACCUGCUGGAGCUCUUCCGAUCGUUAGACACGGUUCAGACACCUUCCAAGGUGUACCUGUGA